AUGGACUAUCGACGUCCAGUUUGUACACCACAGCAAUCAUGCUCCUAUGAAGCUUUCGGAAUUCUAUUUGCCUUGUGCGACUGCCCAGAAGAGAAUUCUAUGUGUCCACAUGAUGAAAAAAAUGCUGUUGAACAUAGAGGAACAUCAUUGCAGUUCUGCUCACCACGAAUUGUGCCGAUUUGUGAAAAUGAGGAAAUUUCAACAACUGUCGCUGGAAUACAAACGGCUAUUCAUUGUAUCUGCCCGGAAGAUAGUGAAUUAGUUCAGCAACCCAGCAAAAUCAAAGACGUUACCGACUAUAUUUGUCGUCAGGUAAUAUAUCUCAACAGGUGCUUAUGUAUGUGUGUGGGUGUGGGUGUAUGCACGUUCAUAACUAGUGAUCCACAGUACUCUAUUUGUCCUACUGCAAAAUUCUUUGCAAGAAGGUUUAAAUUGAUUGUUUAG